AUGGCUUUCCUCUGGCUUGUAUCCUGCCUUGCCCUCCUUGGCACAGCUUAUGGACGGAGCUGUGGGGUCCCAGCUAUCACGCCUGUCGUUACUGGCUAUGCACGGAUUGUAAACGGUGAAAAUGCUGUCCCAGGCUCUUGGCCCUGGCAGGUCUCCAUGCAGGACACCACAGGCUGGCAUUUCUGUGGAGGCUCCCUGAUCAAUGAAAACUGGGUUGUGACUGCAGCCCAUUGUGGCGUGACCACAGCUAACCUUGCGAUCCUUGGAGCUUACAAUAAAUGUUCAACAAAAGAAGACACCCAGACUAUGAAGAUUGAAAAGGUCAUUACCCAUCCAGCCUGGGAUCCAUAUAAUAUCAACAACGAUGUGACACUGGUGAAGCUCGCAUACCCUGUCAAAUUUACCAACCGCAUUUCCUCCGUGUGCCUCGCAAGUGAUGGUGCCAGUUUCCCAGGGGGCAAGAUGUGUGUCACUUCAGGCUGGGGCUUAACUCAAUCAUCUGCAAGCUACACUCCAUGCCAACUGCAGCAGGCAGCUCUUCCUCUCCUUACCACUGCCGAUUGUCAGAACUUCUGGGGCGACAAAAUCUCAGACAUGAUGGUUUGUGCUGGUGGUGCUGGUGCGACCUCUUGCAUGGGUGACUCAGGUGGACCUCUUGUCUGCAAAGAUGGUGGAGCCUGGUAUCUGGUGGGCAUCGUUUCCUGGGGCAGUGGUUAUUGCUCCACCCAAAUCCCUGCUGUCUAUGCCCGGGUGACUGAGUUCCACUCCUGGAUUGUGCAGACAAUUGCUGCCAAUUAG